AUGCAGAUGUUGGAUUCAUGUAGCUGGUUGCAUGUAGAUGAUCAAUAUCUUACUUUGCAGGAUAACAAGGACGCUCGUCAUGUAAAAACAUAUGAAGUUGCUUUGAAGGAAAAAGAUUUUGUUGAGGGGCCAUGGUCCCAGAACAAUCUUGAUAACGGGGCUGAUUUGUUAAUUCCAGUGCCCCCACCUCUUUGUGGUGUUCUCAUUAUUGGAGAAGAAACAAUUGUAUAUUGUAGUGCCUCUGCAUUUAAAGCAAUCCCAAUACGACCAUCAAUUACUAGAGCCUAUGGAAGGGUUGAUGCAGAUGGUUCUAGAUACUUACUGGGCGAUCAUGCGGGCCUUCUUCAUCUUCUUGUUAUAACUCAUGAGAAAGAAAAAGUUACUGGACUCAAAAUUGAGCUACUUGGGGAAACUUCUAUUGCAUCGACUAUAUCAUAUCUUGAUAACGCAGUCGUAUAUAUUGGCUCGAGCUAUGGGGAUUCCCAGCUUAUAAAGCUAAACCUCCAGCCAGAUGCAAAAGGUUCAUAUGUUGAAGUUCUAGAAAGGUAUGUCAACUUGGGUCCAAUUGUGGACUUUUGUGUGGUAGACCUGGAGAGGCAAGGUCAAGGUCAGGUUGUAACUUGUUCUGGAGCUUACAAAGACGGGUCCCUUCGCGUUGUUCGAAAUGGAAUUGGAAUCAAUGAGCAGGCAUCGGUAGAACUUCAAGGCAUCAAAGGAAUGUGGUCACUAAGAGCAGCUACUGAUGAUCCCUAUGACACAUUCUUGGUUGUCAGUUUCAUUAGUGAGACGCGUAUUUUGGCUAUGAAUCUUGAGGAUGAGCUGGAAGAAACCGAGAUAGAGGGCUUUUGUUCUGAAGUCCAAACUUUGUUCUGUCAUGGUGCAGUUUACAAUCAACUUGUGCAGGUUGUUUUCCUUCUCUUUUCUGUCUACCUCUACUAUAUUUCUUGA